AGGGCCGGUGGGCGCCAGCGGCGCACGGCGGGACCCACGGAGCCCCGCGACCCGCCGAGCCUGGAGCCGAGCCGGGGCGGGGAAGCCGGCUCCAGCCCGGAGCAAACUUCGCAGCCGGGCGGGGGGUGGCGGGGACCCCGUCCGGAGCCGGAGGAGGGGGCGGCCGCGGGCCCUCCCGCCUCUGCUCCCGCGUCUCCGGGCACCAUGCUGUCCAACUCCCAAGGCCAGACCCCGCCGGUGCUGUUUCCCAACCCGCCGCCGCCGCAGCAGCCCCCCGCCCCCGCCCAGCCGCACCCCCCGGCCCAGCCGCCGCCGCAGCCCCCGCAGCAGUUCCCCCAGUUCCACGUCAAGUCGAGCCUGCAGAUCAAGAAGAACGCCAUCAUCGACGACUACAAGGUCACCAGCCAGGUCCUGGGACUGGGCAUCAACGGGAAAGUUUUGCAGAUCUUCAACAAGAGGACCCAGGAGAAAUUUGCCCUGAAAAUGCUCCAGGACUGCCCCAAGGCCCGCAGGGAGGUGGAGCUGCACUGGCGCGCCUCCCAGUGCCCGCACAUCGUGCGGAUCGUGGACGUCUACGAGAACCUGUACGCGGGCAGGAAGUGCCUGCUCAUCGUCAUGGAGUGUUUGGAUGGUGGAGAACUCUUCAGUCGAAUCCAGGACCGAGGAGACCAGGCGUUCACAGAAAGAGAAGCAUCAGAAAUCAUGAAGAGCAUCGGCGAGGCCAUCCAGUAUUUGCACUCAAUCAACAUUGCCCAUCGGGAUGUCAAGCCCGAGAAUCUCUUAUACACCUCCAAAAGGCCCAAUGCCAUUCUCAAACUCACCGAUUUCGGCUUUGCCAAGGAAACCACCAGCCACAACUCUCUGACCACUCCUUGUUAUACGCCGUACUACGUGGCUCCGGAAGUUCUGGGCCCGGAGAAGUAUGACAAGUCCUGUGACAUGUGGUCCUUGGGCGUCAUCAUGUACAUCCUGCUGUGUGGCUAUCCCCCCUUCUACUCCAACCACGGCCUCGCCAUCUCUCCGGGCAUGAAGACGCGCAUCCGAAUGGGCCAGUAUGAAUUUCCCAACCCAGAGUGGUCAGAAGUAUCAGAAGAAGUGAAGAUGCUCAUCCGGAACCUGCUGAAAACGGAGCCCACGCAGAGAAUGACCAUCACGGAGUUCAUGAACCACCCCUGGAUCAUGCAAUCGACAAAGGUCCCUCAAACCCCCCUGCACACCAGCCGGGUCCUGAAGGAGGACAAGGAGCGGUGGGAGGAUGUCAAGGAGGAGAUGACCAGUGCCUUGGCCACAAUGCGCGUCGACUACGAGCAGAUCAAGAUAAAAAAGAUUGAAGAUGCGUCCAACCCCCUGCUUCUGAAGAGGCGGAAGAAGGCUCGGGCCCUGGAGGCUGCAGCCCUUGCCCACUGAGCCUCCGGGCCCCCCACCCCACUGGAGGACGAGCAAUAACUCUCUACAUGGAUAUAUUUUUUAAACGAGGAGACACAGAACUGCCCACUCCCACCUCCUCUCCUCAGCCGCGUGGAGCCUGAACUGUGCCAGCGGCUGGAUUCGGCCUUUGGUUCCGGCCACCCCAGCGGGGAGAGGCUGGGAGGUUGGGAGGCUGCAGAGAGAAGCGAGCAAGGUGCUCCUGAACCUGUGCUCAUUUUACAAUCUUUUAUCAGUAAUUUUACCUGGAAUUUUUAUGAACCCCUUUUUUUGUCCUUUCUCCUACUUCUCCUUCCUACCAGACCCCUUCUUCUCUGCAUCCUGCAAAGGUUUGGGGUUUGUUAAGGGUAUUUGUGGAAACUGUUAUAGGGAGUGUCCCUGUGUUGUCCCAUCUGCCCUCCCUAUUUCCCCAGGACAGCCUGGGGUCCCCGCUGGCUCAGGCGUUCUGGGGACUCAAGGCCACUCUGGAGGAGGAUGGCUCCCACCUCCUCUUCUGGAGCCCUCAGACAUCACCAUGUGCCGGACAGAUAGGAGUGAGUGUGUGUGUGUGUGUGUGUGUGUGUGUGCGCGCGCGCGCGCGCGUGCACGAGCGCCCAGAUCUGUGCCUGGGAUCGUGCAUUUGCAGGGCCAGGGGCAGCAGGGCUGCAGAGGAAGGGGGCCCUGCUGUGGCUCAGGAACCUUGUGCCUCCUGGGGCCUGCCCUGCCCACGUGAGCCUGCCAAAGUGCCUGGGAAGCCCGCCAGAUCCUGACCAGGCCCUCCACGGCCUUUCCCUGUGCGCUGCGUCCGGGAGGCAGAGGGGAGUGACCCGGGCACUGGCACAGCCAUCAGGAAGACUGGACGUCCCCCAGCCCCUUCUCCCCAUGUAGCGCUGGUCCUUAACGUCUCUCCUUCCCCUUCUCGCCGCGAUUAACCCACUCUUGUUCAUUUUCCUUAAAUUUUUAGCCAUUUCUCAAUGGGCUGCCUCUCAGCUCACAUAGGCGAGCUGGGCGGUUUGUAUUGACAAAGCUUCUGCAUUUCAUGUGCAUCUACUGGGCUCUGGAGGCGUCAGCCGGCUGCCCCUCGUGGGCAAAGGCAGGGCCACUGUGGUCCUCCCUCAAAUUUCCAUCGUGUGGCCUGGUGGGUGAGGGGGGAGUCUUUGCACCAAAGAUGUCCCGACUCUGCCCCCUUGCCCGUCAGCCACUUUGCUGUCACCCCCAAACGACUCAGCUUGGCGUGUCCAGGUCAGUGAGGGCAGGGGCCUCCCCUGAUGUUGGUGAGGAGCAGCUGGGGAGAGAUUCCCUGUGCCAUGGCCCCCCGUCCCACUUCCCUGUGGGGGAAGAGGUGGCAGGAGUACUUCAGCUUCCCUCUCUCAGGGGCAGGUGGCGGAGGGGCACCCAGGGUCGUCUUGUGCACGGGGGGAGGGCUCCGGGUGCCCUCAGCGCCUCCUUCGUCUCUGAUGGUGUGUCCAGCACUCAGACUGUUGUAUACUGUUGUUUUGUAUGAGCAAAAUUGUCUUUACUAAACAGAUUUAAUAGUU